AUGGAAACGGCCAUUCGGUGGUCGCCCUCGUCGACCACCCGCGACCAGCGCUUUCUAUACGUCGACGUAACGGGCAAAUCAUUCAAACUCUGCCAAGUCACGUCCUUCGAUGGCAAAGGGCUAGAAUACGACGUGCUGUCCACGCAUGUCCGGGUCCCAGGCUUUCGCGCAUUUGAUUGGUCGACCGCAGACGAGUCGCUCAUCGCCGUAGGCCAGUCUUCCGGCGAAGUCAAUAUUCUGCGCAUGGAAGGCGACUCCAACGAGUCUUGGUCAUUCCCCAUUCGCAAUCAGCGGUAUUGUAAUGCUGUUGCGUUUAGUUCGCAUGGUCUGCUGGCUGGGGGCUUGGAUAAGGUGCGGAAUGAUGUCUGUUUAAACGUUUGGGAUGUUAAUCAUCGAAUCAUGACGGGGAAUUCGCGUGGCGGGCUGGCGCAGGAUAGGCAGGGUGCAGAACCGCUUAGGAAGCUUAGCUCGGAUCCGAUUACGAGUAUCAAGUUUUUUAGAAAUCAGCCGGAUACCUUGGUGGCAGGUGUUAAGGGGCAGUUUCUGAAGCUGUUUGAUUUGAGAGACAAUUCUUCGCAAGCAUUUCUUUCAUUUUCUACCAGAUGUGUGCAUAAUACGGCUAUAGACUGGCUGGAUGAAAACUAUUUUGCAUCCUGCUCAUCUACCAGUGAUCCUAUAGUGUGCAUCUGGGACAGACGCAUGGGUCAACGGCUAACACCUGGCCCGUCAUCAGCAGAAGCCGGGCAGAUUGGAUCAAGCCUAGAGCUGAAAAACACCAUCAACGGCGGCUCAAUCUGGAGUCUGCGUUUCUCCAAAACCAAGAGAGGUUCCCUCGGGUUACUUUCAAGCAAUGGCCAGUUCAAAAUGUUCGACAUUGCCAAAGAAUAUUCCUCCGAGGAGGGCCGGCAUGCUGCAGAUGAAACUCUUGGCGAGGGCUCAUCAGCAAAUUAUCCGGAACAUAUCUAUACGAAGAAUGUGCGUGAUAUUCGGCACCCAUUCGACCAUCGAACUAGAGGGUACAACAAAUCGGACAGGGUGGUGUCCUUUGACUUUUUAAACAUGAGUCGAUCCAACGAACCAAGCGCGCUUACGCUUCUGGGGAAUGGGAAUGUGGAGAUUGUGACUGUACAAUCAACUGCACCUCCGAUUCGGUUAUCGUCACAGAAUGUCCUUGUACGAGGAUCGUCUCAAGGAGAUCACGACUUUCAGGCCCUAAGCCCGCGACCUCAGCAUGCAGAAAUAUCGAAUACAAUUGCAUCUUUAAGGUCUGAGUCACAGGAUACUCUCAAACAGGAGGAGCAGGGAGAAGAGGAGUCCGAGACAAAAUGUCUUUCUAGUCGUGAGAACAGAGAACAUACCCUGUUCCUCGGGAGCAACGGCACCCGCCUCCGAGUUGAGGAUGCGUUGACUUGUCUAACCGUAAACCAAGCUCGAUGCAAGGAGGGCUACCUAUUUAAUUAUGAGAAGAAUCAGAAGAUAGUCGCUGAUGAUCCGGAUUUACAAGAGUUUUGGACUUGGGUUCGACACUCCCGAGAUGCCUCAGCGAAUAAGUUAAUGGUCGUUAAUCGGUUUGAUAUGAGUUAUCUUGGAGUGUGUGAUGUGUGGUUUGGAGAAAUAGGGAUGGUAAAUACCAAAAAUAGGAAACUCAGCAAGGCAGGUCUAGAUCCAGAUCAGAUGAUCAAAGAUUUGGUACAGCAGUUAGAACUCCCAGAAGGGAAGCGAUGCGAAACCGAAUUCUGGGAACAUCGUCAACUAGGUCUUCAUAUCUGUGGUGCCAUCGAGACACAAGAAGAUCUGGUUGCAAUUGUUGAUAAACUCGUCGAUGAAAGACAACACACAAAGGCGGCAGCUUUAGCCCUCUUUCAAAAUGAAGCACAAAUAGCGUUCCAUGCUCUGCGACGAAAUGAACCCACUCAGGGGCACAAGCUUCUGGCAAUGGCUAUUGUUGGUGGAGCAAAGGGCCAUCACACCGAUCCUGAUUGGGAAGAAACGUGCAGGGAAAUAGCGACAGAGCUAACAGAUCCAUAUGGCAGAGCAAUUCUUGCGCUGGUUAGCAAAGCAAGCUGGGAAUCUGUACUAGCGGAGACGACGCUUCCUUUGAAAUACCGUGUGGAAGUCGCACUGCGUUGGCUAGGGGAUGAGGACCUCACAGAUUAUUUGCGAGAAACCAAAACGGAGGCGAUCCAACAGGGAGAUAUCGAGGGCAUCGUCCUCACUGGGCUUCGCCAUUCUGCAAUCGACCUUUUCCAGUCAUAUAUCCGCAAAUUCAACGACGUCCAAACCGCCGUGCUAGCCAUGAGCCACACCGUACCGCGUUUCAUCGACGACGAGCCCAACAAAGCAAAAUUCCGCGCAUGGCGCGAGACAUAUCGUCGCCAGAUCAACUCCUGGAAACUGCAGCUGGAACGAGCACGGUUUGAUGUUGGCUCACGAAAGUUCGCGGUGACGUGGGAUGGACGCCGAUUAAUCGCCCCGGCGCCACAGCAAGUCAGUCUGACCUGCAACUACUGCACGCGGCCUCUCAGCCAGGUCGACCCCGUCUCAUCAUCCACAUCAGCAGCCCAUUCAACCACACCGUCUGUCGCGAGUGACUUGCCGCCAAGCACCGGCUCCACCACCACCAGCUUUUCCUACCAAGGCGCCCAAGGCCCAAUCCUAAUGUCCGGCACCGUCUGUCCCCGAUGUUUCCGGCACAUGCCACGAUGCGGUGUCUGUUCAUUGUGGCUGGGUUCUCCAGACCCGAUGUCGCGCGCCGCCAUCGCUGCAGACGCCAAGGAAGAAGAGAAGAAUAACACCACGUUUAACGGCGGCGAUGGCAGCAAUAAAAAACCUAAGAAACCCUCCGAGGAUGAUAUUGUGCGCCGUUUCGUGGUUUUCUGUAUUAAUUGUAACCAUGGGUUUCAUGCGAACCAUGCAAAAGCCUGGUUUACGAGGCAUCGUGUGUGUCCGAUUGUGGAUUGUGCUUGCAUAUGUGAUCGGUGA